AUGAAGCCUGUCGUCAGCGCCUUCAACGCGUGGGGAUGCACUGUUCUCUCCGUUUUCGCCAUUGUUAUCCUUAGCGCUCUCGCUGGUCUCUACCGAAGCAACCACGAAGAGUUUACCGGCGGUGUCAAUGAUCCCGAGGAUGGCAAGGCUGUUUCCAACACCAUCUUCACAGCCGUCCUAGUCUACGUUGCUUUCUUCGUCUUCUGCGGUCUCCAAGGACUCCUCCACGCCCGAGAAAGCCGACGAGGCGCGAUCGCCCUGUAA